AGUGACAUUAAGGUGGACAAGACAUUGUUACAAAUGUCUAUGAUCAUAUCUUUGUAAUGCAAUACAAUAUGAAUUUAUCAAAAUGACAGUGUAAUUUCAUUUACAGUUACUUAUUUAGAGCUGGAACAGUUCUUGAGUCUAAAACAUUGGAGGCACUCAGUUUCCUCAAAUCAGUUGAGAUGUCACUCAUCAGGUUUUAUAGUGUGGUUUUGGGGGGGGGGUUUAAAGGGUAACUUCCUCAUCUGUGAAAACUUUGUUAACUGACCACAUUCUGGAGCAACACGAGGCCUUUAGAGACCAUCGCUUUCAGGGCCGUCCUGCUGAUUUCAACACAACAACAGCAGAAACAUUCUGCAUGUGGAUUCUUUUGAAAUCAUGUGUUGCUUCAUGAAGUGCAACAUACGAAAACAAGGGCCUCGUAUGGUUGCGCAGGUGAAGGCUUGUACAACUGAAGGAGGGAGAAAAGUUCCUCUUUAGAGCUGGAUCAGUUUCUGUCUUCAGUCCACAGACGAGUAUUAAGGGCUAUUAAAUAAAGGUGAUGUAACACAGCGGUAAACAAGCUCCUGUACAGCUGUUUAGGAAUGUGAUGCAGGUAUGAAAUCCAGAAUAAGCAAAUAUUUACACAAACAAUAAAGUUCAUGAGCUGAAACCUGAAAUAUCAUAUUUGUCUUUUCAAUUUAAUACAGAUCAAACAGAAUUUACUAAACACUGUUUUCUGUUUUUAUUCCAUUUCCCACAGAAAAACUGAGUUUCAUCAUUUUUUACUUUAAAUAAUAAUCAGUGUUUUUAAAGUAGGCAGAGGCAUAAUAGUUUUAAAUGUUCAUCAGUUUCUCCUCUGCAGCACUUUCUUCUGAGAAAGUUCAGCUCUUCAUCAUCUACAGAAGCUCCUCAGACUCCUCCUGCGCUGACAGCCAUGGUUCUCAGUGGAACUCUGAGAGUGGUCCUGCUCUGUCUUCUCUCUCUCUGUCUGAGAGGGGCUGAAGCUCAGCUGGUGAACCAGAACAAUCUGGCUCACAUCAUCAGUCACAUUCAGACCCAGUACAAUCCAGGUGGAAACAGACCAAAUAAUAGAAACCCUCAGUUCGCAGUGGCCAUCAACAUCCCACGUCAACUCUGUACUCAACGCUUCAAUUUUCAGGAAUUUCUGGCGGCUCUUAACAAUGAUCAGCCAAAUAAUGUGAGAAAUAACUUGAGACGUAAUGGAAUCUAUAAUGGGCGACGGAUGAUUGGUGCAACGCUCAUAGAAGAUCCCAACAACAUUGACCCAAAUACAAAUCGACACCCCUUCUUCCACUCUGAGUACCUUCUGCUGAUUAAUUCUAAUCCAUUAGGGGUUCCUCCCAAUGUUCCACUCAUGCAGGACCUCCUGAACAGAGACCCACAGGGCUGUGUGAUCUUCUACACCUAUAACUCCCCCUGUACAAGAACGUGCUUAAACAGGUACAGACCCCGUAACAUUCUCACUGCCCUCAACAUGAUUAGACUCCGCCAAGGCCCAAAAGCUUUCGUCUACAACAGGGUAUUUCAAAGAGAUCAAGGGAACCGUCAACUGGGCGCAAGCCUUAGAGGAAUAGAGGGAAACAAUAAUAAUAACAGAUUUCUCUACCGCUGUAACCAAAAUCCACAACAACAUCAACACUACACGUGUCGGCUUUGCUUCAAUGGAGCCACAGCAGAUCCAAACUGCCUGAACUAAAGUUCACAAUCUGAUGGAUGAUCACUGUGUGUGAAAUCCUGCUGUGCUUAAACUCUGUCGCUCACUCACUGAGAGAGAGUCACUCUUCUGCUCUUCUUCCUGCUCUCAUUGGUCUCUGAUCACUGAUCAUUACCAAUAAAUGAACUCAGCAAACUGCAUUGA